AUGAUGAUAGAAAACGAUGAAACAUUAAAUGGAUUACAUAAUGAUGAAGAAUUUUGUAUUAAGGAAAAAUCGUGUCAUGUUGAUCAUGAUGAAAAAGUUCAUGUAGACAGCAUCGUAAAAAAAAAUGAGUGUGCAUAUAAUUAUGAACAAAGGGAAAAAAGAGAUAGAAGUUCUUCUGUUGAUUCUAAGCCAGAGAUAAAAAAAAUAUGUUGCUGCCAAGAAUCCAACUGUUCAAAAAGCUCCAAAUAUGAAAAGAGUUCUUGUGGUUCUAAGAAUAAAAAUGGCGAUUCCUUAAGUAAUGCUUCUACAGGAAUUAACGAAUGUGUGAAUAAUUCGAAAAAUUUAAAUGAACCCUUUAAGUUUUUUAUCGGAGGUAUUCCACAAUAUAUUACAAGCAAGCAUAUAACUGAGUAUUUCGAACAAUAUGGAACAGUUCAACAUGUCGUGAUUGCUCAAGAUCAUGAGACGAAAAGGAACAGAGGAUUUGCAUUUGUAACGAUGGCUUCACAUAUGAAUAAAGAAAAAAUUUUAAAGGAUACUCAUGAAUUAAAUGGCAAAAGGGUAGACGUUAGAGAAGAAAACAAUACUACUCCUUCCGACAUUCAAAGGAAAAUUUUUGUUGGUGGUCUUAACUAUUAUUGGACUAAAGACACUUUGGAAAGUUAUUUUUCAACAUUUGGAGAAAUUGAUGUAGUUCAAAUCGUUUUAGAUUCUAGUGGUAGAUCUCGCUGUUUUGGUUUUGUAGUUUUUUCUAAUGAAAAUUCAGUUGCCAAAGUUUUGAAACAUAAGAGGCACAAAAUAUAUGACAAAAUGGUUGAAGUCAGAAAAGCGGAACCUAAAAAACCAAAAAUGUCCAUUAAAAGAUCAAACAAUAAAAAUUUCUCCAAGUUUCCUCCACAUAUUCCAUUCAUGACACCCUUUCCUCCAUGCAAUAAAGAAACCAUGGCUCAAUGGGCUAACUUUAUGUAUAACACAUGUGGAGUCCCUUUUUUAUUUAAUCAAAGAUUUCAGAACCUUCCAGAUUUAUAUUCAAAUUAUAAUUAUUAUCAAAAUUCUUUGGAAAAUAUACAACAAUCUGAAUAUAAUAAUUAA